GGGCUGUGGUUCCGGUCGGAAGUACGCGGCGACGCACGCUGACAUGGCUGCGCCCGUGCUGAGAUGUGUUCGGCAACUAGUGAGGCGUGUGGAUUUUGCUACGAUCCCGCGGAGGCAUCGACACAAGAAGAAAUGGAAGCCAGCAGACAUGAAUGUGCUUUGGAAAAUUUGAUUGUUCAGGAGAAAAGGAUCUUUUGCCUUUAAGCCUGAAAAUAUCCCAGGCUGCUACAGAGCCCAAAUUCACUGCCAGCCAAUUGGCCCUGCAGAAUUUUGACAUGACCUACAGCGUGCAGUUUGGGGACCUUUGGCCGUCUAUCCGUGUCAGUCUCCUGUCAGAGCAGAAGUACGGUGCACUGGUCAAUAACUUUGCAGCUCGGGAUCAUGUGAGUGCCAGCCUGGAGCAGCUGAAUGCCAGGGACUUUGUGACUGAAGCCAUCACCUCCUGGGAGCUGGAGUCUGAGGGUGACCAAUCUGCAAGUGCAACCCCAGCCUCCUGGGCUUGCAGUCCAAACCUUCGAUGCUUCACUUUUGCCAGAGGAGAUGUCAGUCGCUUCAGUCCAGCCAGACUUGGCAGCCAGGGCGUCCUGGACUACUACCUGAUGGAUGCUGCUUCCUUGCUGCCUGUCCUGGCCCUUGGCUUGCAGCCUGGAGACACUGUACUUGACCUGUGUGCGGCCCCCGGAGGAAAGACAUUAGCAUUACUUCAGACUGGCUGUUGCCGGCAUCUUGCUGCCAAUGAUCUCUCCACUUCCAGGACUGGCAGACUACAGAACAUCCUUCACAGCUAUGUACCUCAAGGUGUCAGGGAUGUAGUUCGAGUCACCUCAUGGGAUGGCAGGAAGUGGGGAGAACUGGAGGGAGACACCUAUGACCGGGUGCUGGUGGAUGUGCCCUGCACCACUGACCGCCACUCCCUUCAUGAGGAGGAGAACAACAUCUUUAAGCGAUCAAGGAAGAAGGAACGGCAGAUGUUGCCCAUGCUGCAAAUGCAGCUUCUUGCGGCUGGACUCCUUGCCACGAAGCCAGGAGGCUAUGUGGUCUAUUCCACCUGCUCACUGUCACACCUACAGAAUGAGUACGUGGUACAAGGUAGCAUGGAACUCCUGGCCAACCAAUACAGCAUCAAGGUUCAGGUGGAAGACUUGACCCACUUUCGAAAGUGUUUCAUGGAGACUUUCUAUUUCUUCCCAUCUUGCCAGGUUGGGGAACUGGUAAUACCAAACCUUAUGGCCAAUUUUGGGCCUAUGUAUUUCUGCAAGAUGCGUAGGCUGACAUAGCAUCACCCUGUACCUGGAGUAGAAGGACAAAAGGUGUGCUCUGCUGCAGGCAUUGGAACUGAGGCAGAGAUGCACUGCUGUCUCCAUGCAGAUAGUUUUCAGCAGUAGGAAGUCGGAGUUUUUCUGUCCUACUGUUCCAUUGUGGAGCACCAGCGGGUUUCUGACUUACACACUACCCUCCCCCUUCUCCGGGCCUGUGCUGAGUUCCUGCCUCAGAGGGGCUUGGAAGGAGGAGGGUCCUACUUUAAGCUGUAAACUCAGGAAGAAGCAUUCAGUCAAUAAAAUUGUUGAAAUUUCA